CUCCCUCACUCACUCCGACCGACCAUUUGCAUCACCACAACAACCUCGCCCUCACCGCACUCGCUCGCCCCACACCACCACCUCCACGCCCACACAAUAAUUCACCGCUGGUUUGGGGACUUCGACGGCGCCUUCGUCAGUAUUCUCUGGACAGCGCACGCCCGCUCUUCUCUUCCCGCCGUCACCACCAUGAAUGUCAUCAACAACCACUUCGCCGUGCCCCCACACAGGCUCUCACCCACCCGCAACCUCAUCUCCCAGUCGAACAUGUCAUCCCGCAAGCGAAAAGCCGACGAUGAGGGUAGCAGCGGUGGCGAUGAUGAUCGCAUGUCGGCAUCCCCUUCAGGCUCACCAGCUGUCCAAAACCGCCCACUCCCUCGCCAACAAAAGCGCAUGCGUACAAACGUUUCAGGACGACCACUUCCUCUUCCUCGGUUGCUAGAGACCCUGAGCGCCGAUGAGCUGCGGAAUGUGCUGCAGGCCAUCUGCGACCGUCAUCCGGACAUUGGAAAUGAAGUCGUCAGCACUGCACCCCGUCCCAGUGUGCAGUCAACCUUGGAGGUUUUGGCAAAAUACGAAUCCAACUUCCAAGCAGCAUUCCCAUUUGGCGGCAACUCGUCGUCGGACUACGCAUACAACCGGGUUCGACACCAACUUCUUGAGAUGCUGGAGUCCCUCAAGGAUUUCACCCCACAUUUUCUGCCCCCGAACGAACCCCAUCCUGCAACAUCUCUCGCCUUCCUCGAUGGCGCCACAGACUUUAUUCACCGGCUUCCAGACUGGGACAAUUUCCAGCACAACAGGCAUAAGCAGGAGGCAUAUGAAGAGAUGGCAAAGGCUUGGGCAGCCGUCAUCCGGGAAGCCUCUAAGAAAGCCGGAGGGAUCCAACUGCAAUAUGGAGGAUGGGACCAAAAGAUCGCAAAGCAUAAUGAAAUUUCGGGGGGUCGCAUGCAAGAAGCCGUCAAUGUACUCCGAGGCAGCCUUGGCUGGAUGGGUAAUGAAACGCAACAUGCUGCAAUGGGAAGUGGACCAGUCAACACAUCUGUCAGGGACCAACUACUCAACGGGACCUAUGGUAUGAAUAGUGCCAGUGCUGGUAUUGGAGCUUGCUUCGAGAUUGAUAAUCGAUCCUGCACCAUACCAUUCAGUCACCAGGAGGGAGGCUGUCUUAAUGAUCAACGACUUGGCAUUCAUUGCAUAGCGUCUCAUCACCUUUGUUUAACAUCCACAUACACAGGAGCAUGGGCGGAUUUUUUUGCUUUGUUUCUUUCUUUUCAUGCGGAAUAUAAGGGACCGCCACUGUACUUCCAUUUGCCUGAAUAUCGAACAGGCCAAGGUCAUUUGUGGCAUUAG